AUGGCCAAAAGCAUACUAAAAGAUAAUACGAUCCCAUUAACACAAAAUGCAAGAAGAGUAUCAUUUGCACCAGAAGUAACCAUGCAUAGAAUUGAAAUAACAAAUCCAAAUAAAAGAAGAAAAACAGAUGGUGGUUAUUCUUCACCUUCAUCACAAUCAGAUUUUGAAUUAAGUGCCAUAAUGUCAUCACAAUCAAAUGAACUCAUACCACUAUUGGCUCCAGAUCAGAUUGAUCAAGACGAAGAUGAUGGAUCAAAGCCUUUGACUGAUAGUUCUGAUGAAAAUGAUAACGAUCAUGAAGGAAUAGUUAUUGAUUCACCUAGAAGAGCUCUUGAAAUUGUGAAGAAUUUACCGUUGUCUGAUAAAGAACCAGAACAUAAUGGAGAAACAAUUGAUCCAGCAAGACGAAGGGCUAUUGAAAUUGUAAAAAACUUACCUUUAUCCAAUGAAGAACCACAAGUUGAACUAUCAAUGGAAUUGACUGGUUUACUCAAGAAUCAAAUAUCAAAUACAGACAAAUUAAAAGAAGACACAGAUGAAGAUGCAGAUUGUUCAGAUGAUAAUCAAGAAGAAGAACAAGAUAUGCAAUUCACUGGUCCUAUCAAGAUCCCCAGUGCUAAUUUUGUAGCGGUAGAUGAAGGUGAACAAACAAUGAAUAUUACAAAUGUUAUUAGAAAAAUUACAACUAAUGAAACUCCAGAAGAAACAAGUAAUAAUAAUGAUGAUGAUGGUAGUAAUGAAUCUGAAAAUGAUAAUGAAAUUAAUAUGGAAUUAACUGAUAAAAUAAAUUUACCUUAUAAGAAUAAUGUUCCAAAACCUAACCUUGAAGAUAUACCUGAUGAAAUUGAUGUGGACGAUAAAGAAGAAAUUGAACCAAAUGUUGCUCACAAUAAGGAAAGUGAUGUAGAAAUGCAAGAUAUGGAAUUGACUGAACCAGUAAAAGCAGUGAAAUCAACUGAGGAGUUGAAUCAAGAUAUUCAGAAUGAUGAUUUGACACAAUCUCAACCUAUGGAUUUAACUCAGGUUAAUACAAAUAUUGUACGACAUGAUGUUGAUGAGGAUAAUAAUGUCACUCAAACAAAUUCAAAUGAUUCAUCUGUACAAGAAAAUGUCAUCACUACAAAAAUCCCAUUGGCAGAAGUUACUCAAGAUGAUAUUAUAGAACAAGAAGAUGAUGAAUUCAAAAAUUAUUUACCAGUUCUGUUGACUAAUUUCUUACAAGAUAUAAAUGUUAAAUUUUAUACAGAUACUCAUUUUUCAAAUAUUGAUAUAAGUUCAGCAGAAACAACUCAUGAAUUAGCAACUUUCAUUGAUUAUUUAAAUGCAAAACCAUACAAAGAUUUAUUUUUACUUAAUGAAUUUAUCAAAAAUGAACUACAAAAUUAUAUAAAAGAAGGAGAUAAAAUAUAUAAUGAAUUUAAUGAAACUAUAACAAACAAUAAUACAUUAAUAAUGAAAAAAUUUUAUAUAAAUGCAAUGACAACAAAUAGUCAAUCAAUGUUUAUAAAUUUUCAAAAUUUAAAAGAAAAUACAGAUUUACAAAGUAAAAAAACUUGGUAUAUUUGGAGAUCAACUUUAAUUAAAAAUGUAAUUGAAGAAAUUGAAAUUCAAAUUGAUGAUUUAAUUAGAGAAAAACAACAAAUGAAAGAUGAUUUAAUGGAGUUGGAUAAAUUAAAUGAAAAAGUUUUAAUUGAAAAAAAUCAAUUACUUAAUAAACUAAAGAAGUUCAAAGAUGUGAAACAACAAUUGAAAAAUUUAUCAGUUAAUGAAAUUAAUGAAUUCAAAGAAUCAUUGAAUAGUCAAAAAUUGGAAAUUCAAAAUAUAUCUAGUCAAUUAACAACCAAAAAAGAGAAAAUUUCAAAAUUAGAUCAAGAAUUAGAAAAUUUAAACUCUAAAAAAUUACAAAAUCAAAUUCAAUUAAAUAAUUUGGAAUUUGAAUUAAAUAAAAUUAAAGUAUUUACGAAAAAGGAAAUCAAUCAAAUUAUAUCAAAUUUUAAAAAAAUAUCUGAUGAAACUAAAUUAAAGUAUUUAAACUCUGAAGGUGCUUCAUUAGUGUUCUUAUUUGAUGGUAUGUUAAGUUUAACGGUUGAUUUUAUUGAGAAUAAACUAAGUUAUCUGGUUGUGGAGAACAAAUUUUAUAACAAGAGUUUAGUUGAUUGUAUUUACAAAUCUCCAACAGUUGGUGAUAAUGUUUUUGAACAGUUUGGUGCUUUUAGGAAGUUUUGGUUUCAAUUGAAGAAAUUAGAUAAAGUAUUACACUUUAUAUCUUAUAAGUUCCCAGUUGAAGCUAAACUUGUGGAUGACUCAAUUGAGUUUAAUAUUCAACAUUUUAAUUUUCAAUCCCUACAAAAAUUUAAAUUAAUUGGUUCAAUACCGAUAUUUUUAAUUAAUGAUUUUUAUAAUAAUGUCAAGAUCGAAACUUCACCUUCAAAUCCAGACUUAUUCAAAUAUCUAUUUCAACAAGAAGUAAUUUAA